AUGAAGUUACUUUGCCUCCUGAUCCUAUUCCUUGCCCUAGUGUCUUUAGCAUCUGCUCACAGACAUCGUCAUCAUAGACAUGGCAAAUUCACUGGAAAGAGGCCAAAGAAGAUCGUUAAAAUUAUCCAUGUUGGAGGAGGAAACAACUUCCAUGGACCUAAAAAAGUGACCACACCACCGGCAGCGUCCUCGUCUUCUUCUUCGUCAUCCUCGUCUUCAGAAGAGGUCCCUCCAGCAUUUGACACUGAUAACGAGGAAGUCAAAACUACACUGCCUGCUCCACCACCAACCACAACUACAAAAACUACUACUACCACCACCACCACUACCACAACUAAAAAACCAGAACCAAAAUGUGAUGAAGGUUGGCUCACUUUCCAGAGAAUUCAUUCACCUUGGUGUGUCUUGGUCGGAAACAAAGGUGCCAAUAACCAUCAGCUCACUCAACCGGAGGCUGAAAAAGUCUGCAAACAAUUCCAGGCGACACUUACCGGACUCACGAAUGAUGACGAGCGUAAGCAAAUCGCUAACGAGGCUCUUCACCAGUUGGGAGAGAUCGGCAUUGAGAUGGGUGCAGUUUGGCUUGGUGCCAAGACUCGAGCCGCGUGUAAGUCAGAGAGUUGCGGAAUACACGAUACUUUUGAAUGGAGCGAUGGAUCAACGUCGGGAACUGGUGGCUUUGUAUUCGGAAAGAAUGAACCGGAUGAUGAGAUCUAUCCAGGAAAUCACGCUUGCCUUCAGCAAAUUAUCAUGAGCCCAACUUUUGUUCCAAGCACAGAUGAGGAGAAAGAAAUGAAAAGCAAAUUCCAACACGGAGAAUUGGAUAAGUACAAGUGUGAGAGUCCAGAACAUCCUAAGACCAGAUUGUACGCAUGUGGAAAGAAACCACAAUAG